CCCUCUUGCCUGGAACCAGGAUUGUGCCGGCUUUAAUGAACAAAGUACCCUUUCGUUCCUCUCCCCUCCCCUCUCCCCUGCCCCUCUUCACAGCUGGCCGCAGUUAGCCGAGGAGGCCCCGAUUAAGGAGAGGACAGUGCUCACAAGUCUAGGCAGUGUCCACAAAAUAUGAGGGGCCGCCCCUCUGUGCUGCUGCUAUACCUGGGAUUGGCCACCUGCCUGGACACCUCAUCCAGUGGGAAGCAAGGCCGAGAGGUCUUCCUGGACUCCCCAGAGGCACAGAGCUUCCUGGGCAGCCGUAAGCGUGUUCCAAGAGCCAAUUACUGGGACCUGGAGUUGUUCACGCCAGGGAACUUGGAACGGGAGUGUCGAGAGGAGAUAUGUUCCUGGGAAGAGGCGCGAGAGUACUUUGAGGACAAUAUUCUGACGGAUCGCUUUUGGGAAAGCUACAUCUACAAUGGCAAAGGAGGACGUGGACGAGUGGAUGUCGCAAGCCUGGCUGUGGGGCUGACAGUAGGCAUUGUGCUCAUCAUCCUGGCCGGCCUAGGAGCCUUCUGGUAUCUACAUGGCCGUCGGGGCCGCAGGCAGCAUUCCUGUCCUCAAGAUGUCGAACUCGUUAGGCCCCUUAGCGAUCUGAGCCCGCAGACGCCCCAGCCUCCACCCUCACCUCCAGGCCUCCCGACCUACGAGCAGGCGCUGGCUGCCUCAGGGGUGCACGACGCACCUCCGCCCCCCUACACAAGUCUCAAGAGACACAGCUGAAGAGCGGCUUCGGAGCGGAGCAGGGGUUCUCUGAACCGUGCCCCAGAUUCGCACCGGAUUCCGGAAACCCCCAGGCCUCUUAAACUCCGGAGCUGAGCUCGGAGGGGUGAUGGGAGUAGGGGUCGUCCGGCCCGAGGCCUACCCUAGCACACGUGUUUCCGCUGCGUACGGAUACACGCAAGUUCCCAGGCAACGUGUUCCCGCGUCCCGGCCCCUCGCAGGCCUCCACGGUCUUCUGACCUGGGGGGUAUCCGCCAGCCCCGCCCCCGGGGUAGGAGUGCGUGAAAACUCGGACCCAGGAGCGCAGUCCGGGUGCGCAGACUCGCAUGUGAGAGGGUGUGACAUGGCCAUCGCCCUCAGUGUCACGGACCACGGACACGCAGAGACUCGUUUGCGCACACGCGUGUUUCCCUGCGCUCCCCCUGCGCGCACAGGGGCAUUUUGCAAUCCAGGAAAAAAUGGGGGGGGGUGCGUAUUGCAAGCGGGCUCGGUUGGGGGCAGGAUCGCGCUGCACCUGGGGGACUGGAGUUGAGCUCUUUCCCCAAAUAAAAACAUCUUGGAAAAGA